AUGUCGAAGACCCUAAACAUCCUCCACUUCAACGACGUGUACCGCGUUUCACCCCAGAAACUUUCCUCUCGGUCACCAGAUACCAUUGAUGUUACUCAAUUCGCCGUUGGGCUGGACAACGUCCGAGAUGGAUGGCCUCUUCGCGGAGAUGGAAAACGAGAUGGAAUGGUACUUUUCUCUGGGGACGUAUUUUCGCCUUCCGUAGAGAGUUCUGUUACUCGCGGAAGUCAUAUGGUACCCGUAAUGAACUUUCUAAGGCCAGAUGUAUCCAUGACGGGGAAUCAUGACUUUGAUUUUGGCUAUCUUCAUUUAACGGAACUUAUCAAAGACUGCAACUUUCCGUGGCUUCUGAGUAACAUCAUCGACACUGUCACUAUGAAAAUACCGUUUGGUCUCAAGGAGUUUGAGGUGCUCGAACGGUCUGGAAUACGCGUCGGAGUAAUCGGGCUUGUGGAGAAAGAAUGGAUCACGACUGUUCCGACUUGGCCUCAAAACUUCGUGUACAAGGACGUAAAGGAAGUCGGAAUAGAUCUUUCGACGCGUCUCCGGGAUCCGAAUGGCCCAUACAAAUGUGAGAUUAUCAUUGCGCUAACCCACUGCAGAGUGCCAAACGACAUAAAGAUCGCGAAAGACCUCUUCGCUCUUUCGCCUUCUGCCCAGCAAGAAAAACCAAUCGCUGGUCUUCACGGUGUCGACAUUGUACUCGGCGGGCAUGACCAUAUGUACUAUAUUAGCAAAGGAGUUUCUUCUUGGGAAGGUUAUGAUGUCCAGCAGCCAUCAUUGGGAGCGGAACAAGACCACGGCGAUGUACUCGUCGUCAAAAGUGGCACCGAUUUCCGGGAUCUCAGUGAUUUCACUUUGACGCUCGAAUCCACACCGGCAGGAAGCGUACGCAAGAAAGUCGUAAGUUCGAUCACAGGGCGGCGCGUCGUAACUCAACCUGGGUCUAGAUCUUCAGAGGAGCUUACGCAGAUGCUUCGAAGUCUACUAUCUGCAGUCUCGAAGUCUCUCGAAGCGCCUGUCUGCAAGUCGAUCGUCACGCUCGAUCUAAGGUCAAAUAUUAUUCGUACUGAAGAGUCUGCUGCAGGUAAUUGGUUCGCGGACAUUAUUCGUCAUGCCUACGACGACUGUGAAACGCUCAAAGGAUGCGGCGGUUCCGAUGCAGUUCUUAUCUGUGCUGGCACACUUCGUGGGGACUCCGAAUAUGGGCCAGGAAAUAUCAGCUUGGGAGACAUACUGGAAAUCCUCCCGUUUGAUGAUCCUUUGGUUGUACUAGAAUUGGAUGGGGAUGCCAUUUGGGAUGCCCUCGAGUCAGGUCUGUCAACCUGGCCUGCCCAAGAAGGUCGAUUUCCGGUAGUAUCUGGUAUGCGUGUUGCGUGGGACUCUCAAAGAGAGCCCGGGCACCGAAUUUUAAGCAUCUGGCUAACGAAAGAGAUGGAAGACAGUAUAUACAACGGGGGUGGUGGAAGUGGGUAUUCCACUCCGCGUGUGGUCGAUGCUGAACCGAUUCCACGUGUCAAGGGAGGUAGGCAGUACAAGAUCGUGAGUAGAGAGUACAUGGCUCAAGGUCAUGACGGCUUUACUGCUUUACGAGGGCGAAAAUAUCUUGUGGACGAUGAAAGCGGACAGCCGAUGAGUUCUAUCGUCAGAAAAUAUCUACUGGGCAAGUUUCUCCAAUAUUGUUCACAAUACGUGAAUAGUCUAGCACGCAUGGUCGAACAUCCUUCUACAGAGAAUCUCUGCGAAGGCACAAAGGAUGCUGUUCAUCGUGAAAAAGCGCACCGGCAACAUCCUCAGCGUCAACCAAAUUCCAAGGCUACCUUGCAGUGGAAACAUGCAGCUGACUUAGCAGUAAGAUGGGUGCGGUCUAGGGCUCAUUAUCAAGAUCACCUCAAUGUUGCGACGACGGAGCACAUGAGUUCUGUCGAUAUUCAUGAUGGAAAACAAAUGAGGACCUCUUCAGUACAUGAAAAUCAACAAAAACAAAACAUAGACGAGGAUUUGUUGGUGGUUGAUCCACGAGUUGAUGGCAGAUUUGAAGACGUAGGUCGAAAGUAG